GAUAAUGGUGAAGGACCAGGCAUGAAUUGAUUUCACAUAGAAAAACGUCUUUAUUUAUUACAUAGUGAGUGAAGUUUACAGGCCUUUAGUUUUGUUUAUUUUGGUCAGUAAUGACGUAUGGCUAACAAAAACACAAAAUGAACAAUUAGAACGUUCCAUCAGACAAAUAAGAAAGACAGCUGCAAAACAGAAAUGUUUGCUUUGUAAAUAAAAAGUAUGUUUAAUACCUGCUUAUUUUAGUCUUUUAAUCAAAUUUAAUAUGACAGCAAUACGGGGACAAGCCAGGGAGUGGAGAGAUGUUUUUUCUUGUUUUGUUUUUUUUGUUUGUUUGUUGUUUAUUUUGCGUGUAUGAUUAGUUUAUUUCCACCUAUGAAUACAAUCACAGUGCUUGAGGGACUUGAUUAGUUCAAUGCGAUUGAUCCCACACACACAGAGAGAAGUCACGCAUCAAGAUUGACUGGACCGAUCAAGACAAACCCUGGACAAUGAACACCUCCUGUCCGCCUCCCCACAGCCCCGCCCUCCCCCACUGUGCUUCUUAUCUGAAAUUUGCUCAGGCCUCUCCGUCCUUUAAGAGGACGCCGCCACAGGCUCCAGCCUUCUUCAGAUUCGCCACCAUGAACAUGAAGGCUCUUCUGCUGCUGCUCGCCGCAUGCGUGGUCAGUGGGGGAUACCUCCCCCGCGCCAUCUGGCAGUUUGCGGAGAUGAUCUCUUGCGCCCAGCCGGGCAUCGAACCUCUGAUUUACAACGGGUACGGCUGCUACUGCGGCCUGGGGGGCUCUGGGACUCCUGUGGAUGACGUGGACAGGUGCUGUCAAGUCCACGACAACUGCUACGGCUACAGCAUGACGAUUCCCGAAUGCAAUGACAUUUUUGACUCUCCCUAUGUUGCCAGUUAUAAUUUCACCUGCUCAAACAAACAGAUCUACUGCGCAGCGAUCAACAACAAGUGCCAGGCCAUCGUGUGCGAGUGCGACCGCGUGGCGGCGCUCUGCUUCGCUCGAUACAAGUACAACCCGGACUACAAGAACCUGGACCCAAAGUACUGUUGAAGACUCGCAGAGCUCGACACGUUCCUCCAAGCCGGAGCCGUUUCUCAUCAGUGAUUGUGGAAUAAAAGAUUGUGGAUUUUCUUAAAAUAAUGAUAACUUUUAAAAGAAAAAGAAAGAGAAAAGAAGAAGCAGAAUAAAGUGGUCGUCCGCUCUG